GGGCAGAGCGGGCAGCGGGCUCACACGGCGGGGGAAAUGGUACACGCCGCAGGUCCCGAAGCAGCGGACGAGCCGGGUAGACCCGUGCACCUCUUCUCCGCCUCGGCUCUUUUGCCCUCGCAGCGGGACAUCGCACACCGUCCGGGAUCAUGUUGUUUUUCCCCCCGACUGAGUUGUAUCGCCUUAGUGGAUCGCAGCUGAGUGAAAGAGAAAGUCCACACUGGGUUUGAACCUACGCACUUGUCUUCUUUUCUUCCCCCCUUUUUUUUUUUUUUUUUUUUUUUUGCUAUGCCAUCGUGGAUGAGAUCUUUGCAUACUUAAUCCUAGAUUGACUCCAGCGGAUUUUCUGGUUUUCUCCUCUCUUCUCUCACAUUUUGGAUUAUUCCUCCAACAAGGAGAUAUGCUGAUUUUGUUAGUGAUCACUCUGGCCUUGUUGUCAGAUGCAGGUCUGUCGGUGGAGGUGUUUCGCACGGGUGUGGCCCCUCGCUGUGAGAGCCGGGCCUGCAACCCCCGCAUGGGCAACUUGGCCCUGGGCCGCCGGGUCCUGACGCAGACCGUCUGUGGCAACAACGGCACCGAGCUCUACUGCUCCUACUCCGACCCCAACGCCAACCUUGCCUGCAGUGCCGCCAAAUGUGCCAAGUGCAACGCCGGCCUGCCGCUCCUGUCCCACCUCGCGGGGGCCAUGUCCGACUCCUCCUUCCGACACCCCAACACCUGGUGGCAGUCAGCUGACGGGGUGGAGUCUGAGACUGUGCAACUGGACCUGGAGGCUGAGUUCUACUUCACACAUCUCAUCAUCGUGUUUCGCUCGCCGAGGCCUGCUGCCAUGACCCUGGAGCGGUCACAGGACUUUGGGCGAACGUGGAGGAUGCUGCAGUACUACGCCGGCAACUGCAGCGACGCUUUCGGGCUGGAGGAGGGAAAGGCAGGAGGAGGCCGGGACGGGGCCACCUGCACAUCCAAAUACUCGGGGGCGUAUCCCUGCAACCGUGGAGAGGUGAUCUACCGAACACUCCCUAAGUGGGAGUCCCUGGAUCCGUUCGGAGUGGAGGGUCAGCAGCAGCUCAGGGUGACCAACAUCCGCAUCCGGCUGCUGAAGCAGCAGUCGUGUCCAUGCCAGGCCAAAGAACUUGCCUCCGCACGUGAAGCUCUACCGACCGGACACUUUGCCAUCUAUGACCUGAUAGUCAAGGGAAGCUGCUUCUGUAACGGACAUGCCGAGCAGUGUGUUCCUGCACCGCGAUACCAGCCCAUUAGAGACCGGACCAACCAUGUGGUCCACGGGAAGUGUGUGUGCAGACAUAACACUGCCGGCGAUCACUGCGAGCGCUGCGCUCCUCUCUACAACGACCGACCCUGGCAGCCCGCUGACGGAUUGACGGGGGCUCCGCACGAAUGUCGGAAGUGUAAGUGCAACGGACACGCUCAGAGGUGCCAUUUCGAUUGGUCGGCGUGGCGGGAGUCCGGCCAGCGCAGCGGAGGCGUAUGUGACUGUCUGCACAACACCGAGGGACGUCAGUGUGAGAAAUGCAAGGCCGGCUUCUACAGAGACCCCCAUGGACCGGAGACCGCCCCCGGCUCCUGCAAACCGUGCAGCUGUCACCCCUUGGGCUCCAUGCCCUUCCACUUGGCUGACGGCUCACCCUGCGACCCUUCCAAUGGAAACUGCAUCUGCAAGCCCGGAGUAGGUGGAGCCCACUGCGACAGGUGCAUGGUGGGAUACUGGGGUUUCCAUGAAUAUGGCUGCCGUCCAUGUGACUGUGCAGGAGACUGUGAUCCAUUCACUGGAGACUGUAUGUUUGGCUCUGAUCUGGACCUGUACAACUUAGAGGGAAAUGCCAGUGAGCCGGUCAGGAUCUUCAGAGCAGACGAGCUCUUCUCUGCCCUCCAUUACUCGGAGAAGUGUGAGUGCAAAGAGCAAGCACUGACCAACAGUAAACUCUUCUGCACCAUGAACUAUGCAUAUGUGCUGAAGGUGAAAGUGCUGUCGGCCCAUGAUAAGGGCUCCCACGCCGAGGUGGAGGUCAAGGUUCAGAAGGUGCUCAGUCAGAACACCAAGGUGAAGAUACAGCGAGGUCGGGUCACCCUUUACCCCGAGUCCUGGACCGCACGGGGCUGCACUUGCCCUAUCCUCAACCCAGGGGUGGAGUACCUGGUGGCGGGACACUCGGACCGCAAGCAGGGCCGCCUCCUGGUCAACAUGAAGAGCUUCGUCAAGCCGUGGAAAGCCAGCUUGGGGCGCAAGGUCCUCACACUACUCAAGAAAGACUGCAACUGGUAGACGGACAGUCAAAACACUGGAGGAGCGACGGACGCGAUGGACUGACGAGACUGUUUUUAUCAACAACAAAAAAGCCGUGGAUUUGUGUUUUUCUUGUCCUCCGGAUGUGGAAUAUUGAAUCGCACAGGAUUUUCGGGGACUGGACAGACAUUUGAAACCCCCUCCAUUCUCUGCUGUCGUCCAAUGAGAGCAUAAAGCCGGUGGCGGACUGCACAAGUUAAAAGCACACAGGAUGUCACUGUGUUAAGAAAACUCUGUCUUGCAUCUGAGCAAACUGUCCACUCUUACAUUCUUAUGUGGGAUCCAAGCAAACGUUUCCUUUGCUGUUGCUGCUGCAGCAGCUCAAGAAACUGAGGAAUUCAGCGCUAUGACCAAGAGCUCUCUAUUUUGAGUUACUGAAUGCCCCCUGGAUCCAUUGACCUACAUUAAGACACACACACACACACACACACAAAAAUUCCUCUCUGCAGCACUUUAGCCUAAGAUGGACUGAGGGAAUAUGGACACACAAAGAGAGGAAGAUUAAACACACACUCAGAAAUCUACCACCCCCUGACACGGACCGUGGAUGGAGUACGCCCGUUCCCCGAUGUGCUCCUUUACAGUAGACCCACACGCACAGAGGCAGCAGUGUGUGCGCUGCGCACAUGAUGUGCGAAGCACCCAGAGUGACGCCGAACAAGCCAUACAUGCCACUACAGGUGGUAAAAUCUUAGCCAGUCCAGGUGUGCCUGUGUUGAAAUCAGAGUGAAUGGGUUCUACCCCAAACGUGAAUGUAUUUGCUUGAGUGUUUUUUGCAAAUGUGUGUGUGUGUGCAUGUGAGCUAGAGAGAGAGCGAGUGGUUGAAUGCAGCGGUAUACUACGAGCACAGUCCAGAUUCAGUCCAGCUCUUAAGCUUUUCUUUAGGUUUGUGUACACCUUCAAAAACAGCCGUUCCAAUGUUUAUGAUACAUUACGUAUUGUGUAUUGAUUCAUCUCAUAUUACACUGCACUGCUGAAUACAGAAAGUUUUUGUUAUUCCUUCCUUUGUGCUCUUGUACAGUAUUAUUUGUAUAUAUCUAUAUAAAUAUAAUUGUUCAUCUUU